GGCUAUUCCGGUAUUAUGUAGUUUUAGUGGAACUAGCAAAAAGUCUGGACGCAGGCGGAUACCGGUGUACAGUAAAGUACGCCGACCUGCGACAAUUCUGAUCGCAUUCAUUUUGCCCUUGUCAGUAAACAACUCGACAACUUUUUGCCAAUGGGACUUCCAGGACCUGAAGCCACUAAGCAAGUAGUCUUCAAUCCUCCCCUCGACCUUCAGAGAGAUGCACACAUUCCCGAUUUCAAAAGCUACACAGAACUUUAUAAGAAGUCAGUGGAAGAACCUGAAGAAUUUUGGAAGGAAGUUGCACAAGAUUUCUUCUGGCAUUACCCACCAAAGGGGCCCCUCCUUCAACACAACUUCAGUGUUGCAAUGGGACCCGUCUAUGUGAAAUUCAUGGAGGGUGCUAAAACCAACAUUUGCUACAACUUGCUAGACAAAAAUAUCAAGGAGAAGAACCUUGGAGAGAAAGUAGCCUAUUACUGGGAACAGAAUUCACCUGGGCAAGGCUGCCGUAUUACUUAUAAUCUGCUUCUGAAACAAGUCUGCAAGUUUGCCAACGUUUUAAAAAGCAUGGGAGUGAAGAGGGGUGACAAAGUAGCAAUCUAUCUUCCUAUGAUUCCAGAGUUGGUGUAUACGUUGUUAGCCUGUGCAAGAAUUGGAGCAGUCCACUCUGUUGUGUUUGCAGGUUUCUCAUCAGAAUCGCUGUGUGAGAGGAUACUGGAUGCUCAAUGCUCACUUCUUGUCACAGCAGAUGGUGUUUACAGGGGAGAGAAACUUAUCAACUUGAAGCAGAUAACAGAUGAGGCGCUUGUGAAGUGCAGGCGAAAAGGAAGCUUUGCUAUGAAAAAAUGUGUUGUGGUAAGGCAUCUUCAGGGAUGUGCAAGAAAUGGAAGCUUGAGCAACAUAUUACAGACACCUUGGAAUGUAGACAUAGACGUGUGGUGGGAUGAAGUGAUGGAGAGCUCCAGUGAAGAAUGUGAACCAGAGUGGAUCGAUGCUGAAGAUCCUCUGUUUAUUCUUUACACAAGUGGCUCAACGGGAAAGCCAAAGGGUGUACUUCAUACUGUGGCUGGCUACAUGCUUUACACAGCACUGACAUUUAAAUAUGUCUUUGACUACCAUGAAGAUGACGUAUACUGGUCCACGGCAGACAUUGGGUGGAUCACUGGUCACUCAUACAGCGUUUAUGGUCCACUUGCUAAUGGAGCAACUAGUAUUCUUUUUGAAGGUAUUCCUGUGUAUCCUCAUGUGGGAAGAUUUUGGGAAAUCAUUGAGAAGUACAAAGUGACCAAAUUUUACACUGCUCCUACAGCCAUUCGGCUGUUGAUGAAAUAUGGCACAGAGCCCAUCAAAAAGUACAAUCUUGAUUCUCUAAAGAUAAUGGCCACAGUUGGGGAGCCAAUAAAUACUGAAGCUUGGCUGUGGUGCUACAAUAUUGUGGGACAGAAGCGAUGUCCGGUCCUUGAUACUUUCUGGCAGACAGAAACAGGUGGUCAUGUUCUGACUCCUUUACCUGCUGCUACACCCCUGAAGCCAGGCUCUGCUACUCUUCCUUUCUUUGGAAUUUUACCUGCCAUUUUAAGUGAUUGUGGAGAAGAACUUGAAGGUGAGGCAGAAGGCUAUCUGGUAUUCAAGCAACCAUGGCCUGGAAUGAUGCGCACAGUCUAUGACGACCAUAAGCGUUUUGAGAACACCUAUUUCACAAAGUUUCCUGGAUACUAUAUGACUGGUGAUGGCUGCCGCAGGGAUAAAGAUGGUUAUUACUGGAUUACUGGGAGGAUUGAUGACAUGCUGAAUGUUUCUGGCCAUUUAUUGAGCACAGCAGAGGUGGAAUCAGCACUAACGGAGCAUCCAGCAGUGGCAGAGGCUGCUGUAGUGAGCCGUCCUCAUUCUGUAAAAGGAGAGUGUCUCUAUUGCUUUGUCACUUUGAAGGAUGGCAGAGAGUUCAGUCAUUCCUUAGUAGAAGAGAUUAAAAAGCAAGUUCGGGAAAAAAUUGGGCCCAUUGCAACACCUGACUUCAUCCAAAAUGCUCCUGCCCUGCCCAAAACACGAUCUGGUAAAAUAAUGAGAAGAGUCCUCAGGCAGAUUGCUUGCAAUGAGAAAGACUUGGGAGAUCUGUCCACUCUUGCGGAUCCUAAAGUGGUAGAUGUUCUUAUUAGCCACAGACGUGAAGCUGCAGCUUGAAAUGACCCUGCCUGUUCAAUUCACGAAAGGAAAAGUCUGAAAUGAAAUUAAACAAAAUACACUUCAACAUUGUUCUGAGAUGUGAAAAGACACCAUUUUUAAGGGACAGACUUUUUACUGUAGGGAAUCAUCACUUACACAGUUUCAAAUAAGGCAAGAUUUAAGCAGACCAUUCUUCUGUAAAGACACUUUGGAAACUGCAUUUACAAUGACACCACUUCAAUGUAAUGUGGCCUUUUUCCCAAUUACCAGUAAAUAUUGAAACUGAUUUUUUAAGCAGUAUUUCACUGUGGUCUUAUAAUUGGUAAUCUAACCUGAAAAUUUCACUUGUGCUAUACAGUAUAUGGUAACGUCCAUAUUUUACAUUCAGACAUAAUAUUGUAUUUGAUUCUAACAUGUUUUUGUUUAACUAUCAAUAAUAAUGGGUUAUUGUUCUCUUAUUUGCUCCAAUAGAAAUUAUCUAUGAAAUUUUAUGAAUUAUGACCUCAAUUUACAAGGCAGAAGAAAACAGGUAGUCUAGCCUUAAACCAGACCUCCACUGAAAAGUAACGGUAGUGAUGAAUCUCUUCCAGGACAAGCAGAAUUUAUGAAUGGCAAGUUGCCACUCAAUUAAGCAAUCAGUCAAAUUUAUUUUUAUAUGGCCCUUUUCAUGAGGGACAUCAUCACAACAUUCUUUUUAAAGUACAGAAGAACGGCAUAGAAAGUGUUCUGUUCUUUUUAGGAUUGCAGAAAGCCAGAGUUUAUCGCAGCAGCUUUGGGCAUUGAAGCAGAUUGGGAUGCCUUUCAACAGUAGGCCAGACUUCACCCACACAUAAAAAUACUGGUUCAAGUCAAACUUGCCAAUUAAAUAUGCACGUUGUGGGAGAAAUAGCCAGACAGUCACAGAGAAAACGUGCAGAUUUCACACAGUAACAGGACUGUAAGUCAAGCCUGAAUUCCAUUGCAUUAAGCACAGUCCCUCUCUGCAAUCCAUUCAAAUCAAAGUUUAAGGUUUCACUGUUAACAGACUGACUAGAAGCAUUUAUUACAAAUUAAUAAAAAAUUGUUCCAUUUGAAUUUAUUUUAUUGUCUCUGAUGGAAAGGUAAUAUGCCAAAUAAAUUGUUUCAUCUAGUCAAUGGAGCAGUUCAAUUCAUCUACACUCUGAUGUAUCUUGUGAAGAUUACGCAAAUUAAAACAUAUACACAACAUUAAGAAUGGACCAAAUAAAAUGCAGAAUGAUGAAUGUUCGUGCUUGCAAAUUGAUAAAAUUAACGACACAAUUUAUACUAUAAUUUAUAUACAUUUGUUAUUAAGCCACUCCAAAAAACAAAGUGCUAAUAAUUAAAUAACCAUUAGAAUACUGAAAUGUGAUUAUUAUUUAAGUAUUCAUCCCAGUGAGUGAUUUGUUGAACCAUCACUGGCUGCUCUUAUGACCACUAAUAUUUUCUGAGUAAGUUUCAAUUAAGUAAAUUUACAAAUAAUGAUGGAGCAAACCUAGCGCAGAUGUUUGAACUAUUUAUUUAAGUGCCUACUUAAUAAGGUUGCAGGUUUGCUUCAAUCAUGUUUAAAAUCAUUUAAUUAUAUUUCUCAGAACUGGAGGAGUUUAAUCCAAUAUGAUUUUCUUAAAAUCAGAAGUAGAAAUGUAUCCAGUGGGGAAAAAUAGUGUAUGUACAAUACAAUUUCAUGGGACUUUUCAAAUGGAAGUGUGAGCAAGAUGAACCCUUGUUUUCAAAGCGGACAUGUCUUCUCAUUUGGGGGGUUUUUGUUACUGGUUUUCAGUAAGCAAGGAAGGAGCAUUGAAUUGCUUGCUUUAUUUAGGCAAAGUUGUUUAUGUUAUAAUUUAAUCCAAUGCCUUGUGAAGACUAGGAUGUGAAAGUGUGAUGGCUGGAAACAUUAACUGAUAAUCACUUUACAAUUAUAUCUAAAGGUUGAUUUUUUCCUACUCAGAUGUAAUUUUCAGGAUGUAAUUUAAUAAAAUACAACUGAAAGCCACAGUUGCCCUGUGAGUAUUUUAAAUG